UUGUCUCUUUCUUUCCGGACACCACUGCCACAUAUCUCCGGCCUCUGCAGGUGUGAUGAGGGGGCCUUUUCAUUCUCAGCAAUAUGUGACCAGGUUGGCCUUAUGAAUUCCAGGCCGACCGCUGAAGCUGAGCUCGUCCAAAACCCCGAACACCACACGACCCUGGUGUCCUUCAUGUCAGGCCACAGACAGCCAGCAAGUCGGCCAACAAGCAGCAGCGGCGGCGGCAGCGAUGACGGUGACAUACUCCCGCAGAGUUGCCGAUGCAGGUCUGGGGACCUUCUUCCAUCUGCUCCUGCGAUGGAAAGGCAGCAUCUAUAAACUGCUCUACAGAGAGCUCAUCAUCUUCACGCUGCUCUACUACUUCCUCAGUGUUGUCUACCGGUUUGUUUUAAGCGAUGCCCAGAGGAGGCUGUUUGAGAGGCUGUCCAUAUACUGCGACCGCUACGCAGAGCUCAUCCCCGUGUCGUUUGUGUUGGGUUUCUACGUGACCUUGGUCGUGUCUCGGUGGUGGGGCCAGUUUGAGAACGUUCCUUGGCCGGACCGCUUGGCGGCAUUAGUGGGAGGGCACGUGCGCGGAACUGACGAGGCCUCCAGGCUGACGCGGAGAACUAUGAUGCGCUACGUGAACCUCUCUGGCGUGCUCAUCUACCGCUCUGUCAGCACAGCUGUCUACAAGAGGUUUCCCACCAUGGAGCAUCUGGUGCAGGCAGGCUUGAUGACCUCGGAAGAGCUGAGGCACCUGGAGGAUCUGCCGUCACCCCAUAACAAGUUCUGGGUGCCCUGCAUGUGGUUCGUCAGCUUGGCUUUGAGGUCUCGGACCGAGGGUCGCAUCAACAAUGAUGUGGCUCUUACCGCCCUUCUCACGGAGUUAAACAGUUUACGAGCAAAGUGCAUGAAGCUGUACGGUUAUGACUGGAUCAGCCUGCCGCUCGUCUACACGCAGGUGGCAACCGUAGCAGUCUACAGCUUCUUUCUGGCGUGUCUGAUUGGUCGGCAGUUCCUGGAUCCGACUCAAGAGUACCCUGGUCAUGAUGUGGACUUUUACCUGCCUGUCUUUACCCUGCUGCAGUUUUUCUUCUACGUUGGUUGGCUGAAGGUGGCCGAGCAACUCAUAAAUCCCUUUGGCGAAGAUGAUGACGACUUUGAAACCAACUGGCUUGUUGAUCGCAAUCUGCAGGUGUCCUUGUUGUCGGUGGACGAGAUGUACGACAGCCUGCCCCUGGUGGAGAGGGACAUGUACUGGAACGAGUCUGAGCCACAGCCUCCGUAUACGACCGCUAGUGCCGAGCACCGAAAACCCUCCUUCAUGGGCUCCGCGCUGGACAUCAGUGUUCCCAAAGACGAGAUGGAGUUUCAGUCCAACCUGGAGCAGAUCAAGGAGAACGAAGAGGCCAACUACUCCACGCCGCUGCUCGGAGGACUGGGCCGUCUUCUCGGGGUCCAGUCCCCCAACUUCCCUCGCUCCACCAGGGUCUCUUUGCUGCGCCGCCGGCCUGGAGCCCCACUAAGCCGCUUCCCUCUUUACCUUCACCCAGAAGGCCCAUCGACGCCGGGUCAAGCACGCCAUCCCUUGAACCAAGACCGAGAUCCAGACUACGCCUUCUCCACGAUGCCCUUGUAUGACAGACCGGGCUUUUACAGCUGCCCCCAGACACCCAUCCACUCUGUGCCCCACAUGUCCCGCCCUCGACCCAGCCGGCGAACCCAAAAUGAGUGGGAUCGCAGUUGUAGCUCCAUGGCCCCCCCGAUGGUAGGCUCGCAGCUGCUACCGCCUGACACCCCGGGCCACAUCCCGCCGCCGCCAUCGUCUGCUUUCCCCUGGUUAAGUGGGGAUGGCGAGAUGCAGAGUGUUCCAGCGUUCUCCUUCCCCGACCCCCCACCUCAACUCUGUCCAAUAUCUAAACUCCGACUGGGACACGGCCUCCUGUCUCGCCGCCCUCCUCCUCCUCGCCUCACUCUGGAUCCUCUCCCAUCCACCGACAGCCAGACCGGACCCCCGAGUGCUCGGGCCACAGGAAGUGCAGGAGAAAGAGUAUUCUCAUUUACUCCCCCCUCCCACUCGGCAGUACCGAAUCCCAGUAAUCCCAGCAGCAGCUCCGGCAGCAUUAAUGCGACGAGCACCACCAGCACCGCCACGCCGGGAGGUCUCUGCAACGGAACAGGCCACACUAAUUUUGGUAACCUUGGAAAUUUCAACUCCAACACGAGGGCGAGCAACGGGGGCGCCAGCGGCGGGCUGAGCGGUAACAUGAACACGGUUUCCACUGCAGCACCGUCGCAGCAAGAAACCACUCAGCGCAACUCCCCAAACGAUUCAGGAAUCUCUCUGGCUGACGGAGACCUGCUGGGCGUGCUGGUGGAGGGCGGGGGCAACAAGGCCACGGGGGGGAGGGACCAGGACGGAGGAAAGGCUCUGUGACCACACCAGGGUCAGACUGUGCAAGUUUUGAUUUUAGAAUUUGGCCUCGUUCUUUUUAUUUUUAAGAAGGCCAAACAUCAUAUUGAUCAUAAUUAAUGAAUUAAUUAUAUGAGGUAAUAGCACCUAUGAAAUGUAAUUGGGGUGGGGGCAACAUUGUGUUUGUGUUUAGUAAGAGAAUUUUUUGAAUGAGUCUACUGAAAUCUGAGAUGUUUUAAUGCCGGAGCCUUGUGGUCAUGCGUGGUACUGCAGACUGAAGCUCUUCCUUGAGAGCUUCACCUCCCGGGCCUGGUGGUUCUGCUCACACAAAGUUUGCAGGGUUUAUACAGCAAUCCUUAUGUUAAAUUUAAUACCAAUUUAAUACCUUUUUCACUACCUUCAGAUUUUUUUAAAAAACUGUCACAACAUUAAGUGUUAAUCAUGGACCAUUUAACAUUAACAGAUUUUGACCUAUAGAACACUAUACAGAACAGAUAGACUCAUUGAUGUUGAUCAGAUGUUUCACAUUUAUUUCACUCUGUGAAUGACAAUAAAAUAGACUGCUUAAAAUGUAAAAGGUAAAAAAUACCAAUUAAAAAAAAAAAAAAAAAUACCUCUGACAGUGAAUUUAACACUUUUAAUGGCCUUAAAUUUGGCAAUUUUCAUUUAUCACUUUUUAAUACUUUUUAAAACCCUGCGGAAACCAUGGUUUGAGUCACUGAUUUUGAACUGGUUGCAAACUAAUAAAAAGAUAUUGCCCAUUUUCCUGUAUUAACUUGCAGAGACGUUUCCAACUUGUUCAAAAGACACGAUUAAUUAUUAAACUGCCACUAAGUAAGGAAAAAACUAAGUUUCCUUUGAAGUUAAGCAACAAGAAGCCCAACUGUACAUAUAAUUUAAAUCUAGAUGGCAUUGAUUCGUUCCCCUGUGUACGUUUAAAUAAACUUUAAAUAACAUCCUCUGCUUCUUUUGUCAUUGUUGUGUUUUUCAAU